AUGGCGUGGCUAUCCCGCCCUCUGACCCUUGUCGGUCUGGUUAUUCUCGCUCAUGGAUGCUACUCCGCGUAUGAGCACACACUCCUCGCCUCAACUUCAGUCCAGCAUCCCGCAUCACCAGCCGCAGCCGCUCUGCCUUUGGACAUUUACAUCGAAACCAUAGUGGCGACCUUUCUGAUCUGCUUGGGACUCGUGCUGGGAACGGGAGCUCCCGAGCCAAUCCAGUGGCACACCUGGGCUGGCAAGAUUGAGCGCGAGGCCGACAAAAGAAGCUCUCUGGCGGGGAAUGCGGACAAGGAGGCGCUGGGAAACCCUUACAACGCCCUGGAAGCUCGGAGCGGCUUCAUCAACAUUCACAAGCUGCAUGGCGACUUUGUCAAGUACACUCAGCAGCUCAGCAAAUAGAAGCUGUGAGGUAGCCUCCAACUCGAUCAAUUUGUUACU